GUUGAGGGUUGGGUUGAAGUGAGCGUUAAUAGUGUUGUGUUUGUGUUGAGAGCAAUGCAUUGAAGGACUGCCAGCUGUACCUUAUUUUGUGUGUGUUUUCCAGUGUUUCAAAAGUGUUUAGCCAUUAGUUUUAGCCGAAGUGUGCGAAUCCUAUUCCCAGACCGAGUGACCCGAAGAGCGGCCCAACCGCUCACCAAACGCUGUCCCAAAUGCUACCCAUAUAUUCAAAUGAUAAACAAUAUAAAGUAACCCAUGUUUUCAAACUGAGGGAAAAGCUGAGCGGAUGGCUCAGGCUAAUAUUGUCGGAUAAAAACUCGAGAAAUUUAUUUCUCUUUUUACUAUUGAAUCUCUCGUUUGCUUUCGUUGAGCUCACGUAUGGGAUCUGGACUAACAGUCUCGGCCUAAUAUCGGAUUCGUUUCAUAUGUUCUUUGACUGUACGGCUCUAUUGGCAGGUUUAGCCGCUUCAGUGAUCACCAAAUGGAGAUCAAACGAGAGAUUUUCCUACGGAUACGUGAGGGCCGAAGUGAUCGCCGGUUUUGUGAACGGAUUGUUCCUCCUAUUCAUCGCAUUCUUCAUAUUCUCAGAAGCCGUCGAACGAGUGUUAGAACCGCCAGAAGUGAAACACGAGAGACUGUUCCUCAUCUCAGUGUUGGGAUUGUUAGUGAACUUAGUGGGCAUUUUUGUCUUCCAACAUGGUGGCGCUAUGCACGGACACUCACACGAUAGCGACGCCCCCGCACACAGUCACUCGCACUCACACAACGGUCACUCACAUUCUCACGGCCACAGCCACGACGGCGGUGGCGGUCACUCCCAUUCCAGUUCUGGCAGUGAUGUAAGCAAUCGGCAGAUAAUGCAGGGCGUGUUCCUUCACAUUCUGGCCGAUACUCUGGGAAGUGUUGGAGUGAUUAUAUCAGCACUUCUUAUGCACAAUCGGCAGAUAAUGCAGGGCGUGUUCCUUCACAUUCUGGCCGAUACUCUGGGAAGUGUUGGAGUGAUUAUAUCAGCACUUCUUAUGCAGUACUUCGGAUGGAUGAUAGCCGACCCCAUCUGUUCCAUGUUUAUCGCAGCGUUGGUGGCGUUGAGUGUGAUUCCACUGUUGAGGGAUUCCAUAGGGAUAUUGAUGCAAAGAACUCCCCGUGAACUGGACGGACAGUUGCCCGCCUGUUAUCAAAGGGUGAUGCAAUUGGAGGGAGUGCUGAGUCUACAGGAGCCGCACUUCUGGACGCUGUGUUCGGAGGCAUACGUGGGUUCAGUGAAGGUUGAGGUGUCGAACGCCGCGGAUCCGCGAUAUGUAUUAAGCCAUACCCACAGCAUAUUCGCUCAGAUAGGAGUCAAACACCUUUACGUUCAAAUAGAUUUCGCCCCCAUUUGACCACAUUAUCAGUUAUUUUAGUAUUAAUUCAUUAAAUUUUUAUUAAAUUAAGUCAUCAAU